GGAUCAUUCAUUUUGGUUAAAAUUGAAAUGAAAUGUGUCCGAAUGAGUCUUGUCUCAGUCACCACCGCAAGUUCCUCCGAGCGCUUUCUCUAUCGCACUAUCUAUCAUUCUCAUGCUUUCUCCUUCCCUCUGCACCGCCGAUUUCAACCUCUUUCCUCCUCCGCCGUACUCCGUCGUCUUCCACCGUACCGCGCUACCUCCCCCGGUUCUCCGCUCCCACCUUCCGAUAACAAUUCAAGCAACCUUAAAGGAGCAGAUGUUGGUGCAUCUUUAUCCAAAAUUCAAGAUAGGAUACAGAUAUUCUUUGCUGUUCUUUUCUGGUUGUCUCUAUUCUUUUGGGCUUCUGCCUGGGAUGGGAGGAAUAGACCAAACAAGGGAUCAAGAUUUAGAUGAUAAAAUAAAGAUGUUACUUAGAAGUUCCUCCGCACCAAUUCUAACUUCAUUGGUACUCUAUUCCAGAGACUCCUCCACUGAACCAGAAAACAUUUUUCGGCUACCUAAAACAACAUCAGCUUUAAGUCUAAACCAAAUACCUGUAGAGAUAGACCUUAAAAACUCAAGUCCUAAGAGAAAAAACCGUGUGCAACUUAGUAAUAGUGUUCCCAAAAAUCAACAGAGUAUAAAAAUCAAAGAAAGAGAUGAAGUGAAAAGUCCUCAACAAAAGACUUAUUACAUGAAAUCACAACCUUCCAUUCAAGAACUCUUUUCGAGUUUGGAUUUAGAUAAGGGAGUAAUGGAUCAUGAAGAAGAGUGUUGUGGGGGGAAGAAAGAUGGUACCUUGCAGACUUCUGUGAUGGGUGGUGGAAUGGGGAGUGAUGGUGGUUGUAAUGGUAGUGGAAAAGGCUCAAAUGGUGGACAUGGAAGAGGGAAGAAUUUCCAUGAAGGAAAUGAUCGUGGUAGAGAUAGGACAGAUGCUUAUUACCAGAACAUGAUUGAAGCAAACCCCGGUGAUGCUCUUUUGCUGGGAAAUUAUGCAAAGUUUUUGAAAGAGGUUUGUGAAGACUAUCCUAAAGCAAAAGAGUAUCUCGAAAGGGCUAUUUUGGCUAAUCCUGAUGAUGGUCUUGUUCUCUCCCUCUAUGCGGACUUAAUAUGGCAAACAGAGAAAGAUGCUGAUCGAGCUGAAGGAUAUUUUGAUCAAGCCAUUAGAAGUGCCCCAAAUGAUUGCCAUGUCGUAGCUUCAUAUGCUAACUUCCUUUGGGAUGCUGAAGAAGAGGAAGAUAAAGACUGCCAAAGUAAAUCAGAUGAAAAUCAAUCAUAUCCAACUGCUCUCUUUCUUGGAAGUAACCAUCACCUUCGUAUAACCGAAGCCUCAAAAGCUUUACCACUGUUUCUUAAAUGAAGGUGAUAUUGCAUGACAAAUAAGUAUGUUGCUCAAACAGCAGUAACUCAUGCCCCUUUUGGAAGUGAUUACUAGGAAUGGUUGGUGUAAUAGUAACGACUUGCCUACUGUGAAUAGCUUUAGACCAUAACAAGAGAAAUCAACUUUUGAUGCCUCUUGUGCUUGUAAGUAACAAGGCUUCAUCAAAUGUAUGUUUUGAGAAUAUAAUGUUAUGCAUGCAGACACUAAGGAGUACAGUGGUGCAACCUUUUUUUCAA